CAGCACGUGGAGGGGCCGGGAGCCAUUCUCCAUCUUCACCAUCCUCAUUCUGACCCUGCUGGUGCUCCUGACCGUGGCCACCUUUCUCUGGAACCUGCUGGUGCUGGCGAGCAUUCUGCGAGUAAAGGCUUUCCACCGGGCGCUGUGCCUCGUGUGGGUCUGCUUCGACGUGCUGUGCUGCACGGCCAGCAUUUGGAAUGUGACCGCCAUCGCCCUGGACCGCUGCUGGUCCAUCACCCGCCACCUGGAGUACACACCGCUCACCCGCCGCCGCGUCUCCAACCUCAUGAUCGCUCUUACCUGGGCGCUCUCUGCUGCCAUCUCACUCGCCCCCCUUUUUGGCUGGGGGGAGACCUACAGCCCUGAGCAGGAGUGCUGCCAGGUUAGCCAGGAGCCCUCCUACACCAUAAAGCCAGCUGGCGGGGCUUUUUACCUGCCCCUCUGCGUGGUGCUCUUUGUCUACUGGAAGAUCUACAAGGCGGCCAAGUUCCGUGUGGGGGGCCGCAGGAAGAACGCCGUGGUGCCCCUGCCUGAGGCUGGCCAGGUGAAGGAAGCUUCACAUGAACCACAGAUGGUGUUUACAGCUCGUCAUGCAGCUAUCACUUUCCAGACAGAUGGAGAAACGUGGAGAGAACAGAAAGAGAAGGCGGCAGCUCUGAUGGUUGGCAUCUUAAUUGGAGUUUUUGUGCUGUGCUGGAUCCCUUUCUUCAUCACAGAAUUAAUAAGUCCCCUCUGUUCCUGCAACAUCCCACCCAUCUGGAAAAGCAUCUUUCUUUGGCUUGGCUACUCCAAUUCUUUCUUUAAUCCUCUCAUUUAUACGGCAUUUAACAAAAAUUACAACAAUGCCUUCAAGAACCUUUUUGUAAAGCAGAGAUAA